CGGAACUCAAGAUGGCUGCGCUCCUAUUGAGACAUGUUGGCCGUCAUUGCCUCCGUGCCCACCUUAGUCCUCGGCUCUCUAUCAGAAAUGCUGUUCCUUUGGGAACCACAGCCAAGGAAGAGAUGGAGAGGUUCUGGAAUAAGAACACUGAUUUAAACCGUCCUCUGUCUCCUCAUAUCACUAUCUACAGUUGGUCUCUUCCCAUGGCGAUGUCCAUUUGCCACCGUGGUACUGGUGUGGCCUUGAGUGCAGGGGUCUCUCUCUUUGGCUUGUCGGCCCUGUUGAUCCCUGGGAACUUUGAGUCUCACUUGGAACUUGUGAAGUCCCUGUGUCUGGGGCCAUCACUGAUCUACACAGCCAAGUUUGCACUUGUCUUCCCUCUCAUGUAUCACACCUGGAAUGGGAUCCGACACUUGAUGUGGGACCUAGGGAAAGGCCUGAAGAUUCCCCAGCUGGACCAGUCUGGAGUGGCUGUCUUGGUUCUUACUGUGUUGUCCUCUGUAGGGCUGGCAGCCAUGUGAAGAGCUGAAGUUCCCAGCAUUGUCUUCCCAUAAAUGAAUCACUGACCUAUCUUCCUGUUUGUCACUCUCUUCUCCAGCCAAGACAAAGUUCUCCCGAUUUAUUUAGACCCUUUUGUGCUUGCACAUCCCCUCGGAGCUUAGCAACAGUAGAGUACCUCCUAGAACCCGAGCAGUGGAAGAGGGUCCGGUUUCCUCCCUUGUUUCUAAAGAUAGAAUGACUCAAAACUUCCCUUUUCCUGCCCCCAGCUUGCAGCCUUCUCUGGGCCUGGAAGCCCUCAUUCUCUCUCCAUAUUGGGCCUUGAUUUGUGCUGACGGUCAGCUUUUGGCUCCUUCUUCCCGAGACAGUGGAAACAGUGGAGGCUCUGUGGCCUCUGCUGUGGGGCUUUGGGUGCCAUUGCCUGUGGGUUGCUAGCUUAAAGGACAGUUGUGUUCAUUGGUCAGAGCCCAGGGUCUUCAGCACCCACACAGUAUGACUGAAAGAAGAGGGAUGGGGGUGGAGGGGAAUUAGCCUGUCCCAGCUAGCUGGAGAUAAAGAGGGUCAGUUGACUCUUAAAGCAGGUGCUUUGGGGAGAAGAUAUAUAGCUUUUAAUGCAAAAGGAAGAUCCAGAAGAUUACAAUGAACCUAUUAAGGGUUCCCCCCCCCCCCCCCCGCCUGCAUUUCUGGAAAAACAAGCCUCUUUUCUAAUCCAAAUUCAUGUGACAUCUGUUUCUGAAACUGAAUUAAAAUACUCAUUUUGUCUUUGACUCUCC